AUGGCGCACGACCAUUUUAAAGUUGCCUUAGAAGCGGCACUCAAGUUUUUUCCAAACAUUAAAUUAAAAGAAGAGCAAGAAGUUUGUAUUCGGAGCAUAGUUUUGGACAAAAUGGACGUUCUUGCAGUUCUUCCAACAGGAUACGGAAAGAGUAUCAUCUACCAAAUACUCCCCAAGGUUAUAUCCGAAUUGCGAUACAACCAUACAAGGGAUAGAAAGACAGCUAUAGUUAUCGUGGUCAGUCCACUCGAGCAGAUUCGUAAGCAGCAAGUAGAAAGACUGAAUGCAAGGGGAAUCAAAUCUGCUUCGCUCGAGGAUGUUAAGGCUAGUGACGAUACAAUGCUUUGCGAAUUCGAGGUCCUUUUCGGAAGUGCUGAGCAGAGGUUAUCCGAUAAGUGGGUUAAGACCUUAAAGUACGGCUACCUCUACGAAACAGAGGUAUUGGUAGUAGAUGAAGUGCACACAAUUCAGAUAUGGUAAGAAGUAUUUCUGAUUAAUGAAAUAUUAUGUAUAGUUUUCAAUUAUAAACAUAUUGUUGUGCCUGCUAAUACGUGCCAAUUAGAACGUUUAUACAAGAACACAGUCAUGACUGAAGCAAUAUAAGAGCUUAUGGUUUUGUUUAUCCCCUUUUCGUAAAUAUGACCUAAAAUAUUACUGAAAUUUUCAACUUUUGUAAGCUUUCAUCUUGUUUAUGUUUUAAUCUUGUCUACUACAAGAUUACUUAAUAAUUACACUGCUAUUACAUUGAUUUAUUUGUUGUUUUAAAUGUUUUAGGGGGAGUGGGGAAAAGGGAAAAGCUGCCUUUCGGAGAGCAUUUAGUCAUGUUAAUGACUUGCGUUCAUUCUUGGGUAAUAAGCCUGUGUUGGGGCUAACAGCAACUGCAGACAAGUAUAUGAGACAGAAACUUUGCAAACUUUUAAACCUAAAAGGGCACAAGGAAAUUCUGAUCAGUCCUAACAGGCAAAAUAUAAGAUUUACAGUUGCAAAUGCUGAUAAGAAUCUUUCAUGCUUUGACUGGCUAGUGAGCAUUCUAAAGUCACUAAAAGAAGAUGCACCAUAUACCAUAAUAUUCUGCCACACUGUUAGUGAUAUUGUAUUUGUGCUAAGUUCACUCAUGGCCAAGCUCCGCAAUGAUGCAUAUGUUGAUGGAACCACCCAAGAGAGAUGCCUUUUAGGGGUAUAUUACUCUGCCACUCCAGAAUCUGAGAAGCAAAAAAUAUGUACAUCAUUUAAUGGUACUGGAACAGUAAGAGUGGCUAUAGCUUCAACAUCUUUAAGAAUGGGAGUGGAUUUUCCACAUGUGACCUAUGUGAUUCACUUUGGACCUGGUAGAAGUCUUGUUGACCAUCUGCAAUAGGCAGGGAGAGCUGGUAGAGAUGCCAAGCAGUCAUUUAAUAUAAUAUUUUAUUAAGGGAAGCACAUUAGAUUCUGUGACCAACCCAUUAGAGAUGUGAUAAAAAAGAAUGAUUGCAUACGGAAACUUCUGCUAUGUCAUUUCACUGAGGAUAAUAUAGAUGUGUCAACAAUGCAUGACUGCUGCAGUAGAUGUCAUAAAUUAUGUGCAUGUGGUGGUGAUAGUCAAUGCACAAAUCCAGUUUACGAGUUUGAUCAUAUUGUGGUUAAUAAGCCCACAACUAAUACGGCUAUGCAACGAGUGGUGACAGAGGAUGAUAGAACAUGUCUUAAAGAGGCAUUACAAGAAAUCCAACUUUCCCUUGCUGUGAGCUCUGGUGUGACAUUAUUGACUCUUUUGGCCUUAUUACACAUGGAUUUUCAGACAAUGUGAUUGAGUCAAUUACAUUCAACUGUGAGAAGAUCUUCAGUAUCCAUGACCUUAUGGAAUAUGGAUUUAUUUCGUCGAUUCAUGUGGCACUGAUCGUACUUGAAGUUUUCUAUGAAAUAUUUGAAGAUGUUGUGAUUGAUGGAAGUCUUCGUAAUGUUCCUGCAUUGACAAGACCUGUGUACAAUGCAAUUCUAAAUGCUGCUACACCAUAUGAGACUGAGAAUCAUGAUAAUCCUGCAUCCUUUCAUAGUGAUGAUUCAUUCAAUUAA